AAAUCAUUUCCCAAAAGCGAAAGAGAAAAAAGUAAAAACUUUUGUUUGAUAUAAACAUCAACCAAAUACCAAACUAUUAACUAAACGUUUAAAUAAAUAAUCUCUAAAACCAUGGGUGAUCGUUACAACAUUCACAGCCAACUUGAGCAUUUACAAAGUAAAUACAUCGGAACUGGUCAUGCCGACACAACCAAAUUCGAAUGGUUAACCAACCAACACCGAGAUUCUCUAGCCAGCUACCUCGGCCACUAUGACAUGUUGAACUACUUUGCUAUAGCUGAAAACGAAUCCAAAGCUCGCAUUCGUUUCAAUAUAAUGGAAAGAAUGCUCCAACCAUGUGGACCACCUCCAGAAAAAGCAGAAGAUUAAAAUCAAAUAUAAAGAAUAAAAACAA